UGAAACGGCGGCCAGAAUUUUUAUUGCCGUAUUAAACGCAUUUACGGGGAGAGCAAACGCAGGUACGAUAGCUGGUUCCUCGGCCGCUGCGCAGACAUGGCAGCAGCGCAUAGCCAACUGACGGCGCUAUGCCUAUCUGCCGCCGAGCAGAUCGUGCUGGAGUGCAAUUCUUUCUUGGAAGAUGGGAUCACCACCUCAGGCCUCGCAGGGUGUGGCGAGCCGCUGGUGCAGCUACUUCGGCGACAGGCCUCACACCUGCUCAAGCUGUCCGAAGGCCAGGGAGCCGUAAAUGCAGCUGUCUUUGAUGCUGAGGGAGAAGAGAGGAGGCAGAGGAGGCUCCUGUGUAGGCGGCUGGACGACCUCAUAGACGUGUCGUACGCCAGGUUCUAUGCGUACCUCUUCAAGGAAUUGCCCACGUGCUGGCGGCAACUGUACACUGAUGCCAGUAUUCUCAAGUUUGCCCUGCUGUACAUGUCGUGGCCGGCUGUCAGUCCGCCUCCCGGAGUGCAGAUUGACAGAGACGCAGCUGAGGUGAAGCUAGACGAGAUGAUCAAGACGCUAGAUCUUGCGGUCAUCCUUGCUGGCGCAGCCGGAGAACGACGAGGUAGGAGCUGGAUCGACAGGGCGUUCGCUCUGCUUGAGGAGGUCUGGCAGGCUCUGUCUGUCUCAACGCCAACCCACUCUCCUUGCAGCACAGACUUGCCCGACGAGAGACCACCCAAAAGGACGAAGUCCACAAGAGAACCGACCGCGACCCCCUGGCAAGAGGCCCCUUCAUUCUCCAAGCACGAGCCAUUCACACCGCCCGUCAAGCACCCCGUCCAGCGCGUACAUGAUAUCUCCCUCGAAGAGUUCCAAUCCUACAUGGACUCCCCUCAGAACAACAACCCGGGCCCCUUGCCGCUCAUCAUCACGGGCCUGACCGACACCUGGCCGGCGCGCACCACGCGGCCGUGGUCCAAACCGUCCUAUCUCCUCUCGCGCACCUUCGGCGGCCGCCGCCUCGUCCCCGUCGAGCUAGGCCGCAGCUACGUCGACGCCGGCUGGAGCCAGAAGCUCCUUCGCUUCGGCGACUUCCUCAGGGAUUAUAUCAUCAUCAUCAACGAACCAUCAGCAUCCGCCCAGUUGUCAGACAACAACAACAACAACAACAACAACAACAACAACAACAACAACAAGAACGACGACGACGAGGACAACAUUCCCCCCGCAAAGGGAAAAAGAACGGGCUACCUGGCCCAGCACCCGCUCCUCACCCACCUCCCCGCGCUGCGCAACGACAUCCUGAUCCCGGACCUGUGCUACACGGCGCCGCCGCCGCACCCGACCGACCCGUCGCAGGACCAGCCCGAGCUGGCCGACGGCCCGCAGCUGAACGCCUGGCUGGGGCCCGCGGGCACCAUCACGCCGCUGCACACCGACCCGUACCACAACCUGCUGGCCCAGGUCGUCGGGCGGAAGUACGUGCGCCUGUACGCGCCGUGGGUGGGGGCUACUACUACUACUAGUACUACUACUAGUACUACUACUGCUGCUCACACCAACCUCCCGGCGUGGGGGGUGAAGAAUGUGAUGAGGGCGCGCGGGAAGGAAGGAGGGGUCGAGAUGGGGAAUACCAGCUCGUGGGAUGUUGGCGUGCUUGAAGGGUGGGAUGACCUGCCUGGGGCUGGGGAUGAGGAGGGGAGGGAGGGCGAAGGGGAAAGGGAGGGGGAAUUGAAAAAGGAGAAGGAGGAGGAAGAAGAGUUCAAGAAGGUUGAGUACCUCGACUGUGUGCUUGGCGAGGGCGAGGUGCUGUAUAUACCCAUCGGGUGGUGGCAUUAUGUGAGGGGCCUGAGUGUCAGUUUUAGUGUGAGCUUCUGGUGGAAUUAGAAUUUAGGGAAGGUCCAGAGGGUGGUCAGGGCUGGUGGAUGAGAGAGGGAUAACU